AUGAAUCAUGAACUUUUACAACAUAAGUUUGAUAGAUAAAAAUAGAGAACUUUAACAUUAAUAUAGAAGUUAAAUAAAGAUCAAAAAUAAUUAGAAAAAAUAAAAUAAAGAAAUAUUUUGAGAGUAGAACGUUUGAUGUCUUUGAAUCAAAAAGACUUAGGAAAUAUUUGCAAUUAUAGUUUAACAACAGAUCAUAAACAUGAAACAAAAUUUAGUUUUCACAGUCGAAAAAAUACACUUUAAAUGAAAUUAGAAAGCAUAGAUGAUUCUUUUUCAUAAAAAAAAAAUGAUCCUUGUAAUUAGAACAAAAAUUAUUGGUAUUUUGAUAAUUUUAUAUAAAAUAGGGCAAGAUUAGCUUACAGAUAAACUUUAUUAAAUAGUGAUAGAUAAUAUAGAAAUUUUUGA